AUGGGCGCCCAGCAAUCAUCGCAAGAAGGCACAGGCACAGGCACAGGCACAGGCAGCGGCAACGCUCAUGACGGGUCUGCGGCUGCCCGCAAGACAUGCUACUACGAAGUCCUCGGCGUGGAUCGCUCUGCCGCCGAUGCGGAAAUCCGCAAGGCAUACAAGAAAAAAGCCCUCGAGCUGCACCCGGACCGCAAUUUUAGCGAUGUCGAGAACGCCACCAAGAAGUUCGCCGAGGUUCAGACCGCCUACGAGAUUCUCUCCGACCCACAGGAACGAGCCUGGUAUGACUCUCACCGUGACGCCAUUCUCCGCGGCGACGCCGACUCUGACGAUGCCCCUCCCGAGCACUACAACGUCCGCCUAACCACCACUGAGGAGAUCAUGACGCUGAUGGGGCGCUUCAACCGCUCUGUCCCUUUCAACGACAGCCCCAAUGGCUUCUUUGGCAUACUGGAUAUCACUUUUGGCCAGCUCGCUACCGAGGAGGAGGCGGCCUGCGACUGGGAAGGUGCGGCGCGGGCCGAAUAUCCCCCCUUUGGCUCCAGCCACGACGACUUUGACGACGUCGCCAAGCCCUUCUACAAUGCCUGGUCCAGCUUCUCGACCAAGAAGUCCUUCAGCUGGAAGGAGAAGUGGCGGCUGUCUGACGCCCCCGACCGCCGUGUGCGUCGGCUGAUGGACAAGGAGAACAAGAAGAUGCGCGACGACGCCAUACGUGACUUCAACGACGCCGUCAGGUCACUUGUCGCAUUCGUCAAGAAACGUGAUCCCCGGUACGUGCCAAAUACGCAGUCCGAAGCGGAGAGGCAGAAGGUCUUGCGCGACUCCGCGGCUGCUCAGGCUGAGCGAGCCCGUGCGGCGAACCAGCAGAAGUUGAGCGAGGCCUACGUCGCAGACUGGGCGCAGUCCAAGGGAGACAAUGAAGACUACAAUGACGAAUUUGCGACCAGCGAGGAGGAGUCCGAGGUGGAGCAUUACGAGUGCGUUGUGUGCAACAAGACGUUCAAGAGUGAGAAACAAUACGAGGCCCAUGAGAAGAGCAAGAAGCAUGUCAAGGCCGUACAGCAGUUGCGGCGUCAGAUGAAGGAGGAAGAUUUGACAUUUGACCUCGAUGAGCCCGCGAGCCCGGGAGAGCCUGGCGACGAGGAGCCUCAAGCUCCCAAAGCUACGCAGGAGCCAGUGGAAGGCGAUGCCAAAGUUGAUACAGGGAUCGGCAAAUCACAAGAGGAUUUCGAAGAUGAUGAGACCGGGUCGUCUUCUGAGACGUGGAACGACGAGUAUGCACCCCGCGAAGUUGUCGAGGGACGUCUUGCACCCGGAUCCAAUGCGGACAGUCCCAGCCGGAAAGACAGCGGUGACGAGCUCGAGUCACAAUUGAAAGAGGUGACCCUCGAAGACGGCUCAGCGCCCAAGAAGGGAAUGGGCAAGGCCAAGCUGAAGAGGGCCAAGAAGUCAGCUAAACAAGCGGCCCAGAUGUCCUCGGUAUGGCUGAGAUUCGACCUUGUUGGGAACUGGGCAGAGCUAACCCAAAGGCUCAUGCAGAACAAAUGCGAAGUGUGUAACGAAGACUUCGAGUCCCGCACGAAGCUAUUCAAGCACAUCAGAGAAGAAGACCACGUAGGACUAAAACCGGCAACAAAAACCGGUAACUCCGGUAAGAAAGGAUCGAAGAGAUGA